AUGGGAACAUCUCACUCCACACCUAACCCCCUCAUCAGUGUCUCCGUCCCCAACGGCGAAGUCCUCGUCCCCUCCGGCUCCCCCCUAACCCUAUACCCCCCAAGCCACCUGCACCGCAACCCCCAUCCCCUCCUCGACCCCAGUACCGCUCGUUUCAGAAAAGUCUAUAGGCCGCCGCACUCGCGCACGACGCCGCACAUACCCAUCUACACGCCGUGUUCGCCGCACCAGCGGCAGGCGCGCUACGCGGGGUGUCAGCGGCGGGAGGAGUUUGAGGGCGCGGACGUCAGCGAGAGGACGGAGAGCGAGGGGGAGGGUAUGAUGAGUGGAGGGGAUCCGCGGAUGGGGAUGAGGGGUAUGGCUGGCUUGAGAGCCGGACUGGGUGCUGGAAGAGCUGGGUAUUUUGACGAUGAGAGACCUAGGAGUGCGCCGGAGGUGGGCAUGGGUGGACGGACGGGUAUGGGGAUGGGUAUGGGGGUUGGGGGUCAGGAUCCUAGGAUGGGUGGUAUGGGUGGUAUGGGCGGUAUGGGUGGUAUGCCAUCAGGAUUUGACGGAGGAGGUGGUUCAAUGGGUAUGGGCAUGGGCAUGGGUCCCGGUGGCAUGCCAGGCGGCAUGCCUGAUCCACGAACCAUGCAACAGCCCCCAGAAUACACCUCCAAUCCCCAAUUCCCUCACUUCAACACCUCUGGCGGCCUCAAUGCACCGCUCAAUCGGCCCCCACCAGACCAGAUGAACACCUACACAUCUUCUCCCUUCCACAACCCCACUUCCUUUCACUCUUCCACUUCCUCUACGCGCACCACCCACAGACCGACUCCCCAUCGACCAUCAAAACCACGUUCCAAAGACUACACUUCCGUCCCCAUGGGCGCCUACACAACAUCCCAGUAUAAACCCCACAAGCCCAGCCACAGAACCACGUCGCCCAAUUUCGCCGCGCUGGUCAACCGCGCGGGCGCCGAACGUACCAGAGUCGUAGCCUCGGGCAAAGAGUGGACUGAUGGGAAUGCCUUCUUAGACGCAUGUACAUGCACGACGAAUUGCAAGUGCAGAAAGAGUCACCGUGUGAUUUACCGUCGGGAGCGGCAGCCCAGAGACGGGAAUGAUGACGAUGGCGAGCAUAGCGAUGCCAGGCAAGAGGUGGGUGAGAUUCGGUAUAUUCUCCGCGACGAUUUGGGUAAGGAUUGUGGUGAUCAUUCGGGGUGUAAGAAGGGUGGGGGUGGGAGUGGGAGUGGGAGUGAGAGUGAUGGGAGUGGUAGUGGCGGUGGGAAAGGGAGUAGGCGUAAGAGGAAGAGCGAGAAGAAGAAGAAAGAGGAGGAGAAGAAGAAGGAAAAGGAAGAAAAAGACCGUUUUAAGAAUUUGAAGGAGGAGAUACUCGAGGCGCUGGACGAUCGAUUCCAAGGCAUCAGAGAAGAUGGCUUGCACCAGCAGCAACAACAGCAACAACAACAGCAACUCCACCAACAAGCAAGAAACACCGCAGGAAUACCACAGUUCCCAUUCAGACUCCCACCUUUUGCCCAAGAAGAAACACCCCAGGACCCACGCAUAAUCCAGCACCAAAUCGCCAUGAUGCGCGCCGCAAAUCCCCAACCCAUUCACACUACACCCGGCAUAAUGAUGCCCCCAAACAUGCCCAACCCCACACACAACUACCAUCCCUGGAACCCAGACCUCUACCACAUGGACACCCAAACCCCCUUCCCAGACCACAACAACCCUUCCCAACCAGACAUGCACACGCGCCACCAAACCUUCACCACAGCACGCAGUCCCCCGGCCCGCCCAGCACGCACACCCUUUCCCGCACACCCACACCACCCCAAAGCCAACCACACCGUCCGAUUCCCGCAUAAAACUAGACGGACACGGCACGCCGCAGAAACGCCCGGCCGUGCUGCAGCGCCACGACGAGCGCCGCACGUUGAAUUUAGCUCCUACGACGAGGACGAGGACGAGGACGAGGAGGCCACGGGUCCUGCACAGCGUCUGGGUCGUGACCGGGAAGUUAGGGGCCGGGUAGUUAGGGGCCAGGUAGUUAGGGGCCGGCGGUAUAAUGACAGUUUAGAUGGGUUUGAAGGUAUUCGAAGUCAUGGUGUGGAUGAUUGGGUGGCUGUGGCGCCGCGUGCACGCGUGUCUUUGGGUCUGGGGCGUGGUGAGAGAUGUGUAGAGAGGGGGGGUGGGGGUGAGAGUGUGGGUAGGAUGCAGGCGCGGGCUGAGACGGAUGAUGAUGGGGAUGAGGAGUGA